AUGGCGCAAAUGCUGGCCACCAGCCUGGGCGGGUUCAGUGUGGGCAAAGCGCUAGACGGGUUGGACAUGGAGGGCGCAGAAUCGACUGUGACUAUGCAGCCCGCAGCGCUGGCCAAGGAUCGCUUCCAUGGGCCAUUUGUCCUGGCGUCGACCUGCUUCCAUCUCGCCCCUCGGGAUGUGGCGUCGGCUGACAGGUGGACCGAUUUGGGAGAACGAUACAAGCAAGAGGCUCGGCAGCAUCUCGAAGUCGCCAUCCAAGAGGAGAUCUUGCUAUUGACUCGAACAAACUAUGAAAAGCUGCUUAUGGCGCUGCUUUCCACAACCAUGCUUGAGAUAUUGUGCGCCGAGUACAAUGAGGCAGAACAUCUUCUCCUAGAAGCUGAGUAUCUCAUCCGCACACGAGGGCUGCCCGCAUCGCCUAAAUCGCUCCAGCUACGCACGCUCCACCAUGUCUACACACAUCUCCGCGUUCUGACCGAGAGCACGUGCGGGUGCAUCCUGCGCAACAUCUGCCCUCAGAAGCCCGGCUCGCGGUCCAGUCUAGUGACUGAGGAGUCGAGACAUCAGCUGCGAAGUUUUCGCGUCGCAGACCAGAGCACCGAAUCGGACUUGCGCAUGAGCGUCGAGAAAAGUGCUGCAGCGGCGCAUGAUGACAUUCACUUGGAAGUGAUGGGCGACUGGCAAGACUCGCUGUUUCCGCAGUUGUACGGACUGCCAGAGAGUCUUUUGGGCCUGUUGUCGCAGACAAUUCGGCUGGCGAAUGAGCAGGAGUUGCUGCAGCGCGAUGCAAACGUCGACGUGAGCAUGAUUGCGAAUCUGUGCCGACGUACAAAGGUUCUCGAACAUAAUAUCCUUUCCUGGAAGAUGCCGAGUGAGAAUCUUCACAGCCACAACUUACAAAAUCCCGCCGAGAGCCAACCCGCAACAAACUUGGGCGGCCAGAUUAUCCCACGCCUGACUACGACGUUCCGCCAUGCCGUCACUCUGUUCUACUACAGACGGGUACAGAAUAUCAAUGGUUUGAUGCUGCAGAAUGUGGUACAAAAAGUGUUGGAAAGCAUGUCCUUGGAGGACGGACCGCACGAGGCGGCGCAGAUGCUCUGGCCGGCGUUUCUGGCAUCGUGCGAAGCCAUUGAGCCACCACUUCGAGAUGGCCUAGGCGGUUGGCUCAGGCAAAUGGGCAACAAAACCAGAAUACCGACAUUCAAAAUCGUGUCCGAGCUGGCAGAGAAAGUGUGGAUUUUGAGAGAGGAGAAGCAAGAUUAUACUCUAGGCUGGUUCGAUGUGACGAGCUUAGAAAGGUGCCCUAUUGUUGCCCUAUGA